AUGUUUGCAAGAACGUCGAUCAGAUCUUUCUCCACGACUGUGCCAAAGGCCGUCAAGGUGACCACUGUCGAGGCUCCAGGAUCGGGAGUUUCGUCUCUCAAGGUGAUUGUGAAAAACGCCGGUUCCAAGGCCAGUGCCCCAGGUCUGGCUCACCUGCUUGCAUCGUCCAGUUUCCUCAACACCGAGGCCAGAAGCGGCUUGAGACUGAAGAGAGAGUCCGAGCUGCUGGGAGGAGAAUACAAGGCCACGGUCACCAGAGACUCACUGGUGCUUGAGGCCAAGUUCCUCAAGGAAGCUCUGCCAUACUACGUCACCGCUAUUGGCGACGUUUUGACCGGAACUCUUUUCAGACCCCACGAGCUGGCCGAGAUCGCCCUCCCAUACUCCAAGACCGAGGCUGCGGCCGCCAACAGCAGCCCUGAAUUCAAGGCCCUGGAAGCUCUGCACGCCAUCACCUUCAGAACGGGCCUGGGUAAACCCCUUUACUACGACGGCUCCAAAUCGUACACAUCCGAGGACAUUGCCCAGUACGCCAAGUCCGUGUUCCUGGACGGCAAUGUCGAGGUUGUUGGGUCGAACGUUGUCGAGGCCGACCUGAAAAAAUUCAUUUCCGAGUCUCCUCUGUCCAAGCUUCCUGCUGGUGAGACGUCGCCGGCUCCACAGAAGUCUGUGGCUGGCCAGGACGCCAGAAUCAGACAGGCGGGCCCAACCUCUGCUGCGAUCGGCGUGGCCGCCUCUGACGUUGCUACCUACUCUCUGCUUGCUGCAUACGCCAAGUCCUCGCUCCCAGCCAGCUCCUCUGCCGCUGUCGACGCCAAGGUUGUCCCAUACGACGGCGCUGCUCUGUUCUACAUCUCCAUCACCUCUCCAUCUGGUGCUGAGACCGGUGCUCUGGUUUCCCAGGCCGCCAAGCUGCUCAAGCAGGCCAAGGGCCUGUCCAAGUACAAGGCUCUGGCUACCUACAACCAGGCUGUCCAGGGCUCCUCUAUCGACAUUUCUGCUGCCAAGGACUCUGUUUCCGUCCCUAAGUUCAACUUGGCUGUUGUUGGUGACGUCGACGCUGUUCCAUACGCUGACGAGCUCUAA